AUUCUCGCAGCGGCGUCAGCGAGGAACUACCACAUGCGCUGCUGCUGCUCGACGCAAUGCCUUGGUCGCUCCACACUCCGGGUCGCCCAUCGUUUGCCCCGUAAUUUUUUCCCCGUCGUGUUUUGGGACAUCUACCCGAUUUUUUCGCACGCUUGUUUCUUCUGUGGGGGUCGGCAAUGGCAGCAAGGAGCAUCGGCUAGGGUUUUAAUUCUUCGAUUCGAUUUGAUUGGCAAGCUUUCGCAGUUCUAUUCGCGUGCACUGAUCUUGGAUGGAUCGACGAGUGGUUAAUCCGUGGGCUUUUGUUCCUGCGGCAGACAACGCGGAGGCAGAUGGAGGCGGAGGCGGUGAGGACCACUCCUCCGUGCGCGGCUCACACGCAGGACUCCCCCAUGAGGCCACAGGUGCCCAGGUUCUACUACAAGAAGAGGUCUGCAGUCCACAACAGAACUGGCAAGGAUGAUGAUAGCAGCCCCAAGAUCCAACCGCCCAGCUCGCCCGUCAGCAGACAGAGCCUGUCAACCUCUGCCAUCCCCACCUAUCAUGCUGCAGGAGGGUUCUACGAGAUCGACCACGACAUGCUGCCCCCCGAAUCUCCAAUCUAUCUCAAGUCCAUACGCGUGGUUAAGGUGAGCGAGCACACGAGCCACGACAUCACUGUGAGCUUCCCGUCCCUCCUGGCGCUGCGGAGCUUCUUCUCCAAUUUCCGGGCGCCCAGCGCCGGGCCAGAGCUCGACGAGCGCUUCGUCAUGAGCAGCAACCACGCCGCGCGCAUCCUGCGCCGCCGGGUGGCCGAGCAGGAGCUCGAGGGCGAGAUGCACCAGGACAGCUUCUGGCUUGUCAACCCCUGCGUCUUCGACUUCAGCGCGUCGUCUGGCCCAGCAACGGAACAGGACGCGCUGUCGUCGCCUGAAGCUCCACCGGCUCCGCCCAAGGCGCCGGCGGUCACCUCCUGCCUCCUCGCCACCCUGAAGUGCGAUGGCGCCGGGUGGGGCGUGCGGCGCCGCGUCAGGUACAUUGGCCGGCAUCGCGAAGUUGCCAAGGAGGCCAGCAUCGGCGGCUACGAAACAGAGGCCAGCGUCAAGGAGCUGCAGCGCCCGGCGCAGGAAGAUGACAGGAGGAGCUCAAUCAGAGCCAAGAGGAAGCGCGAGGAGGCAGAGGGAAGCAAGGACAAGCCCGGCAACCCGGCGAAGAAGAAGAAGAGCAAGCCAUACAAGAGCCCCAAGAAGCAGAAGAGGCGCCACGUGGAGUCUAGAGACGGCGACCCUCGGCGCGGCAAGGACCGGUGGUCGGCCGAGCGGUACGCGGCGGCGGAGAGGAGCCUGCUCGAGAUCAUGCGCUCCAGCGGCGCCACCCUCGGCGCCCCGGUGAUGCGGCAGGCGCUGCGGGAGCAAGCCCGCAAGCGCAUCGGCGACACCGGACUCCUGGACCACCUGCUCAAGCACAUGGCCGGAAGGGUGCCCGAUGGCAGCACGGACCGGUUCCGGCGCCGUCACAACGCGGAUGGCGCCAUGGAGUACUGGCUGGAGCCAGCCGAGCUGGCGGAGGUGCGCCGGCAGGCCGGCGUGGCUGAUCCGUACUGGGUGCCGCCGCCCGGGUGGAAGCCCGGUGAUGACGUGUCCCCAGCUGCCGGUGAUCUCCUGAUUAAGAGGCAGACGGAGGAGCUCGCUGAGGAGCUCAAUGAUGUCAAAAGGAACAUGGAGCAGCUGAGCUCUAACAUGGUGGAGCUGGGCAAGGAAGCGAAAUCUGAGGCUGAAAGAGCUUACAGUUCAUGGAAGGAGAAGUACCAGAAGGUGGUUAAGGCAAAUGAAAAGCUAGAGAAGCAGGUGUCGUCUUUGAAGGACACCUACGAGAAUGUGGUUCAGAAACAUAGUAAGUUAAAGAAGGAGGUGCGGUCACUGAAGGAUAAGUAUGAUUUUGUAGUCGAAAAGAAUGAUAAGCUGGAGGAACAGAUGGCUUCUCUCUCAAGCUCCUUCAUGUCUUUAAAGGAGCAAUUUCUGUUGGCAGAGAAGCUGAAGAGUACUGGAAUAGAGGAGGUGGCUGUUGUGGGUCAGAACGAGGGGAGGCGGGCGCUAGAUUUUGGUGGUGGUGAGCAGAGCCAGAGCCAGAGCCAGAGCCAGAGCCAGAGCAGGCAGCGUUCAGAUGUUACGGCCGUCCAGGCCCAGGCCGGCGAGAAGAGGACGGCGAGGAAGAGCAGCUUCCGCAUCUGCAAGCCACAGGGCACGUUCCUGUGGCCAAGCAGCAGCGGCACGGACAUGAGCGGGAGCGGGGGAGGCAGCAGCGGCAUCAGCAUCGACCACCACCACCAGCAGCUCCCCCGCAGAGUUGAGGUGGUGAUGGCGGAGGAGGCGAUGCUGGGGGCCGGGGACUACUUCUCCACGCCGCCGUCGGCGUCGUCCACCACCAACGCCGGCAAGCUGCUGGCCCUGCCCAGCCCCAGGUCACCCCUCCAGCCACAGCCGCUCUUCACCGCAGGCUUCACCGUCCCGGCCCUGCACCCCUUCGCCGGCCUCACCUUGCGCCACAUGGAUUCGCCGUCGUCGCCCUGCGGUGCUAGUCUGCUGCAGCAGGGGGGGAGGAGGAUGGCCAUGCCCAACCUGGAGGCCGGAGGGAUGAGCACCGUGGUGGGCACGGACCUGGCCCUCGCCACUCCCUCCUACUGCUGAAGCUGAGCUCCUUCCAUUCCCCUCCCCUGCAUAUGAGAUACUACCACGAUCGGUACGGUACGGUACGGUGAUCAUCAUAGGUUAAGAUAAAAACUGCACAAACACACAGAGAGGAUAAGAUAAAACAAAAAAGAGAGAGAGAUAGAUUAACGAAAGUGAGAAACAAGUUACUACAUGGUCUCGGCGGUUCUCGAUUACAGUCAGUCAGUCAGUCAGUCAGUUACACCUUGGUUACAGUCCGAUAGCAUCAGUUUGCAAUUUAUUCGUCGUCAAAAGAGUUUCUAGUUGGUGUCGAGGAUGGAUGUAUUGCCGGAAACGUGACUUUGGUUGGUGGCUCUCCAAUGCCUGUUUUGACUCCAGUAUGUCUGUCAGUUGCUUCCUUCGACUGCCCUUUUUGUGACACAUUUCAAAUGGAAUGGAAUGUGUGUUUUGUGGGCUCCAUAUAUUUAUAUAGACUUCAUACUAUCA